ACGUCAUGGGCGGAGUUUAGUUGAAGAUCGAAUUCGGAUUCGGUUGGCGGGCGCGGCCAUCUUGGUGAAUUAGUGACCUGGCGAUUCGGAUUUAGUUAGUGAAAAAUCAUUUGUCAUCCACAAUGUCGGAAAGGGAAGAUAAUGUGUAUAAAGCUAAAUUAGCUGAGCAGGCUGAGCGUUACGAUGAAAUGGUUGAGGCUAUGAAGAAUGUGGCCUCCCGUAACAUAUCAGACAAUGAACUGACGGUGGAGGAGAGAAACCUGCUGUCGGUGGCUUACAAGAAUGUCAUCGGAGCCCGCCGAGCCUCGUGGAGGAUCAUCUCCUCUAUCGAACAGAAAGAAGAGACCAAAGGCGCGGAGGACAAGCUGAGCAUGAUCCGCGCCUACCGCAGCCAGGUGGAGAAGGAGCUCCGCGACAUCUGCUCCGACAUCCUCGGCGUGCUGGACAAACAUCUCAUACCGGCCUCGCAGACCGGCGAGUCGAAGGUCUUCUACUACAAAAUGAAGGGUGACUAUCACCGAUAUCUGGCGGAGUUCGCGACGGGCAACGACCGCAAGGAGGCGGCGGAGAACUCGCUGGUCGCGUACAAGGCGGCCUCCGACAUCGCCAUGACGGAGCUGCCUCCCACACAUCCCAUACGACUCGGACUAGCGCUCAACUUCUCGGUGUUCUACUACGAAAUACUGAACAGCCCGGACCGCGCGUGCCGGCUGGCGAAGGCGGCCUUCGACGACGCCAUCGCGGAGCUGGACACGCUCUCUGAGGAGAGCUACAAGGAUUCUACGCUGAUCAUGCAGCUGCUGCGCGACAACCUGACGUUGUGGACGUCGGACAUGCAGGGGGACGCCGAGCCCGACCAGGAGCCCAAGGAACCCGCGCAGGAGCCCGACGACCAGGACGUGUCGUAAGGCACGCGCCUGCGCACGGGAGCACACCGUCGACCCGACUCACCCGCCGCCCACCCGCUUUCGUCACGUGUCAAAUCAACAGUGAGCCGUGUGCGUCCCCGCGAUCAUAUGAUAGUCUUCGAUGUCUCGUGUUUCGAUUACGACAAAAAAAUAUAUUAUAUAUAUAUAUAACGUUAAGAGAGAGCACUUCGGUAUCGCGUUCUAUCUGUACGUUCUCUGAUGUGUAUGUAUUCCGCGAUGAGGGGGGCCGCUCGGCCGUCUCGCAACCGACCAACACCACCACAACAACCUCAACAACCACCACAACCCCAACCACCACAACCCCAACAACUACCACCCCAACAACCAACACAACACCAAUCACAUCAACAACAGCAACAUCAUCAAACAACAACAACGCCGCCGCCACUCUCCGACACGGGGAUUGUAAAUUUUCUAAGUAUUUUGUACCGCGUGUAAAAUGUAUGUAUUUUAAUUCUGUCGUAGCACACGUCCGUGCCGACCUUACGUCGAGGCGUGUGUGACGUCACGUCGCACAAACCCAAAACACGUGUCCGGCGUCAACGUUGAUUAUUUAACUUAUAUAUUUUAAAGGUUUCUCAUCAUUACAUAUUACACUACAUUAUUAGAUGGUAUGUUUAUGUAUGUAUGUACGUACGUACGUAGAGCCGCUCGCGUCUCGUAGCCGAGCGACGGGUCAGCGUCGCGUCAUUCGGAGUAUUCGCACCGGAUCGCUUUAAUUACUUACGAGUAUUGUGAUAGAGAUUUUUUUUUGUAUAUUUUAAUUUAUUUUUUAUUUCGCACGUUUCUCGUAUCGAAACACCCGUGUAGCGCUACAUCUCUACCGGAUAUAUCACAUGCAGGACGAAUGGUAGUACUGGAGUCGUGCUAGCUUUAAGGUUUACUCACUCGGGAAGAUAGGCUCUCGGAGAGCGGCUCUCCGGGCGAGCUCCUCGACACAUUCCACCUCGAUACUUAGUGUAUGGAGUGAAUCUAUCGGUCGGCUGUUCACACCGAGUGUUCCGUCAUAGUGAGGCAGUGUGCAGCGUGCAGCGUGCAGUGUGCAGUGUGUGCAGCGAGCAGGUGCGUGCCCGAGUAAGAUAUUAGCGUUAUUAUUAUUUGAAUUCGUAACAUUUCAUAUGACUCGUUUAAAAUACUGAUUCGAAUCGGUCAGCAUCAGCCCUAGCGUUAUGCGAUAUUUGUUUAUGUCCUACCAUCUACAUGGAAAUUUAUUGUAAAUGACAGUGUAAAUCUAAUAAUAAAAUUCAAAAGUCCAA